AUGCAGGAGUUCAUAAUCCGGUCUGUUACUGACUCUGACAGUGGUGACUACACCUGCAGACGACAGAGCAGUGACUCUCAGAGGUCAGAGAUCAGUGAUGCUGUUACACUGACUGUUUCAGCAAAACCCAAACCGACUGUGAGAGUGAAUCCUCAGAGCUCCGUCUACACUGGAGACACCAUCACUCUGAGCUGUGAGCUGCAGCAGUCGACUGGAUGGAAGUUUCUCUGGUACAAAAAUAAUCAGCAGUUACAGCUUCUGAACAGUGAACAAGCACACACACAAGUGACAGUCGAUAAUGCAGGAGAAACAGUGUACCAGUGUCAGGCACGCAGGACAAACUACUACUACUACACCUAUUACUAUGACUACUACACAGAGCUCAGUGAUCCUGUCAAGAUUACAGCGAGAGAGAGACCACGGGCAGUACUGAGUGUAUCUCCACAGAGCUGGCUGACUGAAGGAGACUCAGUGACUCUAAGCUGUGAGGUUACAGACUCCUCUACAGACUGGACAUUCAGCUGGUACACAACUGUUCCCUACAGAGAUGGCUUAACUCAAAUAAAACAUAAUCGUGGCUAUAGCAUGUAUGUGGAGCUCCUCUCAGACAGCAGCAGAGGAUCUGGAGGCUCCUACACUCUCAAUCCUGCUGCUCUGAAUCACACAGGAGUUUAUAUGUGCAGAGGAGAGAGAGGAGAACCAGCCGUUCACACACAGUACAGCAAUCCACAGCCACUAUGGAUCACUGGUGAAUCUCCUCCAGUCUCUCUGAUCAUCAAUCCCAGCAGAACUCAACACUUUACUAAUGACUCUCUCUCACUGAGCUGUGAGGACCAGAGUAACUCUACUGGAUGGACAGUGAGACGAUACACACACAGUGAGGGAGUGUUAGAUUGUUCACGGUGGGGAUCAGUUACAGGAUCUACAUGUAACAUCAGCUUCCUCUCCACAUCCCACACUGGAGUUUACUGGUGUGAGUCUGAAUCUGGAGAAAACAGUAAUCCUUUCAACAUCACAGUGCAUGAUGGUGAUGUGAUCCUGGAGAGUCCUGUCCAUCCUGUGACUGAGGGACAUCCUCUGACUCUACGCUGUUUAUAUCGCAACACAAAUUCCUCAAACCUCCGAGCUGAUUUCUAUAAAGAUGGAUCAGUUCUCCAGACACAGACUACAGGAGAGAUGAUCAUCCGAACUGUCUCAAAGUCAGAUGAAGGUUUCUACCACUGUAAACACCCAGAGAGAGGAGAGUCACUGAAAAGCUGGCUCUCAGUCAGAGGUGAGAAAUCAUUUAAAUAUUCAUUUAAAUACAAACGUGUCUUGAACUCAGUAGCUUUACAUAAUGUAAGCUAUAGUCCUUAGUUUAUGUAACUCUGUGUACAAUAUCCUAUGUUAUGCAU